AUGCGGCCCACAACCCUCCUCACCGUCCUCCUCCUCCCGCUGUCGCUCGCCGCCGCGCUCCCCAACACGGACGCCGACGACGCCGCAGCCCUCGCAAACGCGCUCGAACAAGUCAAAGCACAAGGCGACCGCGCGCCGCAGCCGCCAGGCCGGAAGCGGCCGCGUCCCCGCGAGGUGCGCGAGGCCGCCGUGCUCAAGGUGCCGCUCUACGUCCCGUGGGAGGAGAAGCCGGCGCCCGUCCCGAACGAAGAGUGGAACACGCACCCCGGCCCCGACAGCCCAGAGUGGGAGAAGCACCACUUUGGCGACCACCUCCCCGACCAGUAUCCGGGCGGGUACGCCGUCAAGUCGCAGCCAGAGUACAACCCCGACAAGGACGCCGAGCGCGCGUCGGUCGAGCACCCGUCCUUCAUGGUCUGGAAGGGCUGGUGGUACACCAACCAGCCGCCGUGUGCCCCCGGAGGAGGGUGCCGCAAGUGCCAGGGCGACGGGCUGUGCGUCAUGACUUGGAACAAGGAGGGCGAGAAGGAGAACCCUUGGAAGCGGCUGCGGGCGGCGCGCAAACGCUGGAGGGAGUCGCGCGAGCCGUGA